AUGUCUUACUCGAUAGUAUUUAAACAUCUUUUUGUCACGCGAAUUCUUAUUGGAUUGAUAGUGGUCUGUGCUGCAGUGGCUACAAACUAUGUUGAUCAACAAAAAAGAGCAGCACUUUCUGAUUUAACAUCAAUCGAGAAACUCAAUCAAGAAUUUAGACACCAAUAUAAGCAAGCAACGGAGGCAUUUUGGCGUUCACAAAUUGAAAAUGGUUCUGUUAUUAUGGUAAACGGGAAUUCAAUUACUUUAUUUCACAAAGGAGUGCCUUCUUCGAGUUCUCAAACAAGUCCAGCGGUUUAUCAUCACUUAAAAAGCAUUGCUCAUAUUCCAAUGACUAUUCGUUUUCUUCUUAUUAAUAAUUCAUCAACUUUAAUGAAUGACACACUGAAACAGUACUGGCAGAAUUUAAAUAAUCUACAAAUUCCCGAGUCGAUACAAUCAAAAGAGAAAGCUUCUGUUGAUCAUAUAGUUUCUGAAUCUCAGAAACUCUUACGAGAAGAAAUGGAUAAAAAAGGUUCAAUUGAUCGAGAGAUGCUAAGAAAUUUCUGUCAAAGUCUCACUCAUGAUCUUACCAUUCUGUUAGAUGCAGCUGCAAUAGCUCAAUUGAAUGAGAUGCAUGAAAUUAUUCAAGAUUGGAUGCGUGAAUACAACUUUGAUCCAAAAGAUCCAUCAUUAAAAGUUCUUAUUAUUGGUCCUCGAGCAGCUCGUGAGAAGAAUUUACAUGCUACUUACUUCGAACGACUUCUUGGCGACGAACGAACACGAAAUAUUGUUUACAUCGAAGAACUAUUCCGAGACGAAGAAAAAGCCAGAUCGAUUUUUUCCAGUUGGUUUUUAGCUAGAGAACUAGGUGAUAGUUUUUUUAAUGAUAAAGACCGAAUGCAUCGUGAUUUACUGAUGACUGAAUCUGCUCAAAAACAUAUCAAUCAACUGAUUGCCUCAUAG